UGGUGGUAUCAGAAAUCAAAUUUGGAUGUUCUGUUGUUUGCUGGGAGUUUCAUUAAUGUGUCUCUAUAAAUUUUAUUGAAACUCGUGAUCGAAAUGGCGUUCGAGCAGAGAAGUCCGGUUGUUCUUCUUUGUUGUGGAUCUUUUAAUCCUGUAACAGUGGGCCAUUUAAAAAUGUUUGAAAUUGCAAGAAGUUUUCUUGAACACACUGGCAAGCACAUUGUGAUAGGAGGGGUGUUUUCACCUGUGCAUGAAAACUAUUCAAAAACUGGGUUACUACCUUCAACAUACAGAGCUGCUAUGUGUAAUAUUGCAAUACAGAAACAUGCAUGGCUAAGUGUUGAUACAUGGGAAUCCUCGCAACCUGAUUGGGUAAAAACCAUCAAAGUUUUACAGCAUUUGUCGAAUAAAAUCAAGAAUGACUAUGGGAUUCCUGGUCCAUAUUCCAACCAUAUUCACUACAUGCCAGCGAAAUAUCCACGAAGUGCCGUCACGUUGCAACCUAAUGGAACUUUGCAUCACAUGGUAGUAAACGGUCGUAUUCGUUCUUCAGCACGAAGUGGACUUGCCAUGUGUUCUCCAACCUCAGAUUCUUUCGAGGAGAAGAAUAUCUCAUUCAAACAUGUUCCACACACUGAAACAGGUGAAACAUUUUCAAAUCUUGGAGGUAACUUUCAAAAAGUUUGUUGUGUGAGUCCUACGUCAUUCAACAUGCAGGAUAACAUGGUAUAUGGGGCAGCAUAUGACCUUCGUCGCACCAAAGUAAUGUUAUUGUGUGGUGGAGAUCUGCUUGAAUCUUUCGGUGUGCCAGGCUUAUGGUCAGAAGACGACAUUUGUUCAAUAGUUUCGGAAUAUGGAAUUGUUUGUAUUCCACGCACUUCGGAGAACUCUGAAAAUGAUGACGGGAAAAGAAUGCGUGAUGCGCUUGACCGCUUGCAAGCUAUCCUUUGCCGAGUACAAGGUACAAUAAUUCUGGUUCACCAUCAAAGUGCUGCUAAGAUUUCUCAUAUUACUUCAAGCAAAUGCAGACGUGCAAUUUCUGAAGGUUGUUUAGAAGAUAUCCAAGACCUAAUUGAUCCAAGUGUUUUGGGCUAUAUAAGAAAGCAUGAGCUAUACCAGCACAAAACAUGAUAUUUUUGUUGUUAUUUGUUAUCUAGCUGCUGUUUAGAAAAGUAAAAAAUAGUAAAUAUUGUCUAAUUAUUCCUUUAUCGUUACUGGGCAAGAUAAAAUCGAAGUAUUAUGGUAAUAUGCUUAAACUACACAUUGUAUAAAAUGUUGUGCAAAUAGAUAUAGUGUUACUUGUAAGUUACAUAGUUGUGACAACCAAUAGAAUUCCAUGUUUGCAUUUUAUUUUAUAACUAAAAUAAAAAAUGUUAUGUUAAAAAUUUCAGAAAACAUGUUUUCACUAGAUUUUAAAUGGUGUGCAAUAUUAGAUAGAAUUACACAACCACUAGAAUUACAUUUCUGCAUUUAUUUCAUAACUAAAAUUAAAAAAAUGUUAUGUUAAAAAAUUUAGAAUACAAGUUUAACUACAUUUUUUAUGGUGUGCAAUAUUACAAAAUUCAUAUUUACAAGUCUAAUUAAUUAAAUCCUAUCACUGUAAAUGUUUAUUCUUGCAUGGUAAUGUCGUCACUGUGGUUAUUUUUGUGCAUUGGUCGUUACGUAAUGUUAAAUAAAUCAGAAAUCAAUUGUUAUUA